AUGCCGUCCGAUGAGGAUUUUAGAAGCAUUCGAUGUUAUUUUUCGGCGAAGGAAUGGUCUCAGCUAUCGGAUUUCUGCAAAGUCCGCUACAAAAACGUCAAGGAGAACUAUGAAGUGUUGACACAACUUGGAUUCAAGUACCCAACACCAGAAUUUAUGACCCGGAAACCUGCCAAAGAUAGAUUGAUGCAAAUUUCCUUUCAAGUGAACCCAACAGCAGUUGAUGUCGUACGGACAAAGGUGGAGCAGAAGACGGUUAACCCUAAAGAAAGGGUAACCCCUCGUCGGACCUGCACUCUACAAAUAGACGAUGUAGCAUCCUCAGAGUCGAGUUCCAGCGAAGGAAGGUACCCAAAGAGAAACCGAAAGCAGGUUAGUUACAAAGAAGAUGACGACGAAGAAGAAGUACAUGUAGAGGACGACGACUAUCUCUACUGCGAAGAUUGUGGUGACAUUCAUCUGGGGGACUGUCCAAUACAUGGGCCUCUCAAACAUAUCCAAGACAAGCCGGUACCCGUGGGUACAUCCUGCCGAGCGGAUCUGACACUUCCGGAGGGCCUCGUCCUGGGCAGGUCUUCCAUCUCGGGGGCACAACGUGGUGUCUACACCAUGGUGGGGCUUGCCAAGCGCACGUGCUUCGGGCCCUAUGAGGGUGUUGUCGUCGAGGACAUCAACAAGGGUACCGGUUACACGUGGGAGGUUCGCAGCCGUGGCCAGCGCUACCUGGUGGAUGCUCGCCCUCUGUCGGUGUCCAACUGGAUGCGUUACAUCAACUGCGCCAAUUCGGAGGCUGAACAGAACCUCGUAGCCUUCCAGUACAAGGGUUCCAUCUACUACAGAACCUACAAGAACAUUCCACCAGGCACGGAGCUGCUCGUCUGGUACGGAGCGCAGUUUGCCAGGGAACUGGGAAUCGUCACUUCUAAGACACAGGAUGUAGUCAAUGAAGAAGGCAAGGGUAACAAAGAGGAGUGUAAAGAGAGUAGUGUCUUUAAGUGUACCCUGUGUGGCAGUGUGUUUGCAUCCGAAGAGUACCUCAAGAAGCACCACAAGGCCAAGCACAUUCGUAGGGGAGGAAGAUAUCGGUGUACCUUCUGCGACUAUUCCAGUGAUUAUAUAGGUAAUGUUAAAAAGCACGAGACAACUCAUACGGGAGAGAAGCUAUAUGUAUGUUCAGUGUGUUUUAAGGGAUUCACACAGAACUCUGCCUUGGAGAGACAUUCAAGGACAGUUCACGAAGGACAGAGGAAUCACGAGUGUUCCACAUGUGGUCUUACAUUUCAAGAGAAAUGUGUUCUACAGAAACACGAGAGAAUUCAUUCGGAUGAAAGACCUUAUGUAUGUGAACACUGCGGAAAGACAUUCGCAGUAAAGGGUACUCUAUCCAGACACCUUCUCAUCCACACAGGCAAAAAACCCUAUUCCUGCAUUCAUUGCGGGAAAAGCUUCAAUCAAUGUGGUAAUUUGAAAAGACACACAGCGAGUGUUCAUACCAAAGACUUUCCUCAUAGAUGUCGCUCGUGUCACGAGGGAUUUCGUCAUCCCAACGAGCUUAGAAGACACAUGCAGAAGAAACAUCUUGCCUACGAAGAAUGACCUCCUUUACGCAUCAUAUGUUCAAU